ACUAACACGAUAGGGAUUAGAACCAAAGCUAGCUAAAGAUCAGCCAAGAGUUGCAGCAAAUCAAUGGCGUUGACGGCUGCGAGGGAGAGCAGAGGGGCAGAGGGGGGAGGAGGAGGAGUUGAGCUGUCGCGCGGCGGCAAUGGUGGCAAUGGCGAAGAGAGGAUCAAGCGGGAGCACAUGUUUGACAAGGUGGUGACGCCGAGCGACGUGGGCAAGCUGAACCGGCUAGUGGUGCCCAAGCAGUUCGCGGAGCGGCACAUCCUCCCGCGGCUGCUCGGCGGCGCGGCGAAGGCGGCCUGCUCGGGCGCCGUGCUGCGGUUCGAGGACGGCCGCGGCGGGGGCAGGGCGUGGGCGUUCCGCUUCUCCUACUGGGGCAGCAGCCAGAGCUACGUCAUGACCAAAGGGUGGAGCGCCUUCGUCCGUGACCGCCGCCUCGCCGCCGGCGACACCGUCUCUUUCUGCCGCGCGGGCGCACGCCUCUUCAUCGACUGCCGGCGGCGUGGCGCCGGAAUAGUAGCCUCGGCGCCGAUGACACGCCUCCUCGUGCCAGCAAUUGUGCCGCAAGUUGUCACGCUCAUGCCGCAGCGGUCGACGUCGUCAGACGAGAGGGCGGCGCGUGGCCGCUGCGUCCGGCUGUUCGGCGUGGACCUCGAGCUCGCCGGCGCCGAGCCGCUGCCGCUAGAUUUGCAGCUAGCUUUGAUGAGAAGAUGACCUCCGCUUGUGCCUCACUUGCCUGAUGCUUCCAGUUUUAGUAAAUUGAGCUCCAGUUUAUAGCAGAUUAUUAGAUAAUCAACGCAAGAAGGGAUCACAAAAUAAGAUAAGAUUGUGUCCAUGUAGUGCAUGUUUAUCCAUGAAGAUAUCAAGUUCACACGGUUGAAUAGUUCAA